UUGUAGCUACAGUACAUAUUGACUGUACCUGGUGGGAGGGUUUAGUAAGUCCGAGGGUGGCAUUAAGUUUCGUAGGAAAGACUCAUCUUUGCAGAUACCAUUGCAGAAAAGAAAGCAGACCUGGGUAGAAAUUUCCUCCCCCACAUCACCUCAACCCUAUUGGCCCUCUAAACAAGCCAAAUUAAAAAUCCUGAAACACAACCUCGUUAUUUCCAGCACUCUUGGCGUGGACAGCUCCUGCAUCCUGGGCCCUUCCUCUGCAGUGUGCCGCGGGAGGACUACAGCACGGGACUGACCCGAACGCUCGCUCCUCCCUGUCCGCCCCCGCCCUUAGCUCACUCUACCGACCACUUUGAGGGAUUUCCUCCCGGUGCGGACUUUGCAGCAGAAACACAUCUGCUUGGUUCACGGCAACUGCGAGCAUGGAUCUCCGAGGAAGAGCCCUUCUCAGCGGAGACAUACUUCGGAUUCUUCUAAUGCUCUUCCAUGCAAUGGCCCGAACCGUGGCAGAACAAGAAGUGGAAAAUCUUUCCGGCCUUUCCACGAACCCAGAGAAAGACAUAUUUGUGGUGCGGGAAAAUGGGACGACGUGUCUCAUGGCAGAGUUUGCAGCCAAAUUUAUUGUACCUUAUGAUGUGUGGGCCAGCAAUUAUGUGGAUCUGAUCACAGAGCAGGCUGAGAUCUCCUUGACCAGGGGAGCUGAGGUGAAGGGCCGCUGUGGCCACAACGAGUCGGAGCUGCAGGUGUUCUGGGUAGAUCAUGCCUACACACUCAAAAUGCUCUUUGUAAAGGAAAGUCACAACACUUCCAAAGGAUCAGAGGCGACUUGGAGGCUGAGCAAGGUGCAGUUUGUCUAUGAUUCCUUGGAGAAGACGCACUUUAAAGGUGCGGUGAGUGCUGGGAAGCACACAGCCAACUCUCAUCACCUCGCUGCCUUGGUAACCCCAGCUGGGAUGUCUUAUGAGUGCCAGGCUCAACAGACCAUUUCUCUGGCCUCCAGUGAUCCUCAGAAAACUGUCACCAUGAUCCUGUCUGCGGUGCACAUCCAACCCUUUGACAUCAUUUCUGAUUUUGUCUUCAGUGAAGAGCAUAAAUGUCCAGUGGAUGAGCGAGAGCAGUUGGAAGAGACCUUGCCGCUGAUUCUGGGCCUCAUCUUGGGCCUUGUCAUCGUGAUAACACUAGUGAUUUACCACAUCCACCAUAAAAUGACUGCCAACCAGGUGCAGAUCCCCAGAGAUCGAUCCCAGUACAAGCACAUGGGCUAGGGAUCUUUAGGCAGACUGCCUCCAGGUCCUGCCCUUCACAACUGGAGCGACAAUGGCACUUUUCACCUGUAUACAGGAUCCACCAACAUAGCUACACUCUAACAGGUCUGGGAACCUGAGGCUUGCCUGGCCUGUGUCCAUGCUUAAACCCAGGGGAGGCAGGCAGGUCUUGGGGUUUUUGGGUAUAAUGUUGGUUGCUGUGUUCAUGCUGGGGAGUAAGUAAGGGUGGGUGGGUAGGUUAUAUAGACAGCUUUCAUGCUCAUGAUGGCUUAGCUUUGACUUCAUGACUUUGUAAGUCUACAGCAUGUAGAAAGGAAUCUGUGGCCCUCACAUUUGGAAACUGGAAAUGCUUCCUUUGGAAGACCUCUUUAGGUCAGAAGAAACAGGGUGCUUCACUCCCUUGGCCUCAGCUGGCUUACUUACACAGUUUUCAGUGCACACAAAAUACAACCUCAUGCUCCCUGCAGCAAGACCCCUGAAAGUGACCCAUGCUUCUGGCUGGCAUUCUGCAUGUCUAGUGAUUGUUUUGGGAAUGUUUCACUGCUCUCUGCACCCAGUGACUCUGCAGCACAAGAAUCCGUUAAUGUCACUGCACGGUUGUUUGAAAUUCAUAAUGUGUCGGGUCCUAGUGAAGGGACCUGAAGAAUCAAUCCAUGUGAGUUUGCGUUUGAAAAUGAAUUAAAAAAAAAAAAAA